CACACACACAGAGCGAGAGGCAGGCGGGGAUUCCGAGCGGGAGCACUUCAGCGCUGACUUGAACAGAGUAAGGACUGCUUAUGGACUGACACACCGCCGGAGCGGACGGCUUUCACACCUGACGCCUCGGAGACACGAAGCGCGGAUUCCAUACGCAGGUUCUUGUGCGGCCCAGUCUGAGAGCACGAGAGCAGAACGACGACGACACGGAGCCUUCGGGACCUUGUGACAGACAUUCAAAGUAUUCACUGGCAUGGAACAUUUCACUGGGGUAGCGAAGAGGAUUUGCUGACUCCUCCGGGUUGUGCGUCUGUGCUCAAAACAUCGGCUUGUCUCAGAAACACAGAAAGGAAUUCCAUCUGGAUCUCAGUGUGAUGGAAAUUGUAACAUCCAGCGCUGCAGUUUGUAAAACUUAAAAAAAGAAAAUAAAGAGAAGCGUCGUCUCCGUCUUUAGGAAUUAGGACUUUUCAUCUAUGGCACAACAUUCGAUAAGACAUCUUCAGUAGUCAUCAACUACCACACAAGGGCUGCCUACUAUUGAACAUGACUCAUGGGGAGGAACCUGGCCCUGAGACACACCAGGAUUCUGCUGUUUUAACGUAUCUGGAAGGUUUACUAAUGCAUCCGGUUGCAUCUGGGCCUGGUGCCACGGCAACAAGAAGACCGGAGGCUGGCAGCAACAAUGGCGAGGCAGGAAACCAAGGGACCAGGGGCAUUCAGCUACCUAAUCACGGCUCUAGCCCGCCAGAAAAAGGAAGCCCUGCAGGGGCGGCCUCUCAGCAUCGUAAAAAGGCCAGAUUGUUGCGUUCAGGAACCUGGAGUGAGAUAGACAACCAGAAAAAAGACAUUGCUCCUGUGCAGGUAAACGGACAGGGCAGAGAACAUCAUAAAAUAAAUCUGGACAGUUCCGCACAGGGAGAGAGCACACUGCUGGCUUCUCUGCUCCAGUCCUUCAGCUCACGCCUGCAGACGGUGGCCAUGUCACAGACUAUAACUCAGAGCCAAAAACAGCUAGAUGGUGAGAGCAGUGACACAUCACCUACUGACAAGGACACCUUACAGGGCUACUGUACAGCUUCAAGCCGCCUAAAAGGCCUGAUAAGGAAAAACAAGCAGCAGAGCCACAACACUGUGCCUUACAGUCGGCGCAGCAGCCAAGACCGACGCUCUGAGUCUCCUCGUUCAUCACAGAGCUCGGUGCCUGACAGUGUAUCCUGUGCAGAGAGAUUGAAGGCUGUAGCCAGUCUAGUGAAAAGCAGGUCCAGUCCUGCUCCUUCUCCUAAACCUAGCGUGGCCUGCAGUCAGUUAGCAUUGCUGCUUUCCAGUGAAGCCCAUCUGCAGCAAUACUCUCAAGAACAGGCCUUAAAAGCACAACUGUGUGGCCGAUCAGCCAGUGAAAGACUGGCAGCCAUGGCUACACAGCGAACUAUAGACAGCAGACCACCCAGCAUGGGAGAGUCUGUGUUUGCUCCAGACAUGUUAAGCCCUUUUAAUACCCUAAACGGAACACUCCCUUCACCCACAUUAAAUUCCAGCCCCUCUUUGAGUCUAGGCCAAAGCGCACCCACCAGCUCCCCUCGACCCUCUCCUAACAUCCCUAAAGAAAAGCGUCCGUUUGACAGACAGAGCAGCCGCCCCCCACAGAACUGCAGCAGCUUGCUUCUGCUCCUCCUCAAUAACCACAACUCUCAAAAGCAUCUUACAAAGAACGGCCACCUGGAAGAUGACUUCACCUCCCCUCCCAGCCAAGCUUCCUCUCAUCAGUCUGACAGCGAGUAUUCCAACCCGGAAAACAGCUUGACCAAAGACAGUAGUGACGCAGAGAGCUGCUACUCCAGCUGCUCCCCUAUUGACCUCUCCAUGAGGAGAAGAGUUUUCAGCCAAAAGUCAGAGCCCCCCUCUACAGCGACAUCUUUAGACAAACUCACAGAAACGCUCAUAAGCAAGUGGAAGUCGGAGACCCUAGGGGCAAAGGUCCCUGAAGCCAAGGAGCUGGAAAUGAGCCCAGACAUGACAUCCCAUCAUCAUAGGGUUACCCUCAUGCAGUUGCUGUUAGAUCGCAGAAAUAGUGAGAUGGUAAACAAAAUUGCGCCUCAUAACGAUUUACAGGAUGAUGCAACCCUUCAGAGUAUGACCGGAAGCCCACUGAAACGGCUAGAGGAGAGCAGAACACCGAACCAUUUUGACCGGCUAAUGGAAAGAGGGCUGUCCGUAUCCUCUUUCAGCGGAGAUGCAAGCAACACUCCUUCUCCUUACUCUUAUUCUUCACCCCUUGUUCAGUCCAAUCCUCUGGACCUGUGUAAAUCUAAACAGCACAUUAGUGAAAAGAUAAUGGAACCUGCAUUCACAGCCAGUAAGCUAUUACAAAAUCUGGCUCAGUGCGGUAUGCAGGAUGUUUCCCCCUCACCCCCUCUGCAAGCCUGUAGGCCACUGAGCAAAGAGCAAAGCCUGGAGCCUGAGCUAGACAGAUCUCAGACUCUCCUGGACAGAGUUGCUGCUCCGAUAAAAAGAAACCAAACCCCUUUAUUUGAACCAACCCCUGCUUCUUUCUCACCCUUUUCUGGACGCGAACUCUCACCUCCGGCAUCGACACAAAUUGAAAACCUCCUGGAGAGACGGACUGUAUUGCAGCUGCUACUUGGCACUGCUUCUCACAAAGAGAAAUCCACAGGGAGAAGAAGCACAGAGGUGGUUAUGGGAGUCCACGAAAAGCCUCCAGGGACUUAUCUUCUAUCUGACAGCUCAAACGGGCCUUUACUGAACGUUGUGGUCAAAUCGGAGCCAAGAGACGAGGGUCUUCUCUCAGAUAGCUCUGACGAUACUGGGCGCCACUGGAGAAUUAGGCAGGAAAGUCACAGCCCUGUCAUUGAAGCACACAGCAACGUUAAAGACGAAACAAAAUACGGACUUCUUAGCCAGCUCUUGAAACAGAAAACAACUACCUAUCAUUCGAGUCCACGCACAGAACAGAUUGUGAGCACAGUGAAAGAGGAGCAACAGGAUUAUCAGGUGCCUCUUCCUAAAAAGAGAAAACUUUGCUUGGAGUUAGCUGAACACCUCAGUAAAGAACUUUGCCAGAGACCGGUGGAUACUGUGAGUGAGCAUGCGGGGUCUGGAACAACUGAGGCCCACAAGAGCAGAAUGCUGCCAAGUCCGAAAGAAGAUGAUUUGUUCGGCAAGAGUGCUACGAGGAAAACUCCCUCGAGAGACAGUCAAAGCUUCAAUGUUUUGAAGCAGCUCCUUUUGUCAGACAACUGUCUGAAGGAGAUAUCUCAGCCCCAGGGGAUCCCUAGUCCUUUACUCCCUCAGACAAACGGCAAAGCCAACGGGAACUUCAGUCAGUCUGGUUACAAUCACGAACUUGUGAACUUUCCAUGGUUCCCCCAGACUCUUAACUCAGGGCCUGGUCGUUUUAAUCCAGUCUCCUCCCCACCAGGGAACAACAUCCAGGCUUUCACGUGGGAUAAGGGCUCCUCGCCAAGACCUAGUCCAAAAUCUGUGAAAAAGGAAUCUGAAAGCUCACCAAGGUGGACACUUGCUGGGGAGGACAAAUGUGACUCAAGCGCUAAUUCCCCACCUCUUAUGAGGUCUAAUCCUAUAUUGUACUAUAUGCUCCAGAAGAGGAACAGUGAGCUGAGAAAAGAAGUGGAGGAUCAUGCGCAGAGGACGCACUGCGGCGCCAGGGUGAAGGUAGAGCCGCGUGACGAAGAUCGUUACCGCGAUGCCAGACUGACUAUGAUUUCUCCGAUUCAGAUACACAGGCAAGGCAACGGACGCGAACGUCUUAGCGGACUCUUAGAAAAACCGUAGAUCCGAACUGCCAAAGAACGAGACUGAAACAUUUUAAAUCACACCUUGAAUGAAUGCAAGUUCGAUUUUUGUUUUAAAAAAAGAGCAAACUAUGUAAACCUGACUACUUCUUUUUUUUCAUUUGUUUCUGUAACGACUGUGACAUUACACAUCACAGACUGAGUGUGUUAAGUUUACGUAAUUCGAUGCGUCACGUUUCUUUCCAGCCCGUACAUCGUUUUUUCCGAAGUUCUUCAAAGUCUUUAUAUAUAUAUAUAUAUAUAUAUAUAUAUAUAUAUAUAGACUUUAUAUAUAAAAAGUUACAGCUACAUUUAAUUUUAUAUUUGCUUCCCGCAUAUUUUUUCGAAAGCACAAACGUUAUAUUAAAGCGCACACGUGCCAUAAGAGCGUCAAAUUUUUACAAUAAAGGAUAAUGGAAAUAAUCGAACGAUCAGGUACGUCUCGUUAUCCUACCUGAAAGAUUGUGCCACAGACUCCAUUUCAGUAGAAAUGACAGUGAUAUCAUCACACACACUGAAUUAAUUUAAUAUUUACAUCAUAGGUGUUGUUGGGUGUUUGGCAUGAAUAAAUAUAACUCUAAAUAAUUUUUAGCUGUCUUAAAGAAAAAACAACAACAACCUUUUUACAGUUUUGUAUCGUUUCUUGUUUUGUACUUUAUAUACACCAACAUGUAGCAGUGUCAAGUAUAUAAAUUUUGCCCCCAAAGAUGUGAGUACAUGUUUAUGAACUGAAAGCUUCCUGUUAUUGUUUGACUCAAGAAGGACAGCACGUGAAGCUAAGAGUCUACUGUGAAAAAGAAAAUCCAUUGUCUAAUUAAAUAUGAUCAGCGACAACGACAAAAAAAUGUACUAAAUACAAACUAUUUUAUUCCUUGCUCUGUGUGUAGAUACAUUCAGAUUUGAUAAAUUUGUGUAAAUAGUUCUUUCAUGAUGAAAUAUUACUAUUUUGUAUUGUUGAAAAAGCCCUAGUUUUUAUCGUCCUGGAUUGUAAAUACAAUAUCUGUCUAAUAAUGUACAUACGAUUACCGAUGAACUAAAAAUUUUCUUGUUGUUUUUUUUCUUGUUUUAUUAAUUUCUUUUUUGCAUGUCUCUAUGUUGUGAGCUAGCGAUAAUCUUUGGAGCUUUGUCCUGCAAGCCGUCGUGUCACGUCUGAUCUCUACUCUGCUGCCUGUUGCAUGCACAUGCAUGGGAAGCACUUGCGUAUCACUACCUGGAAUUGGAAAUGUCAAGUCUUAAAGAUUUUUUUAUUAUAUAUAUAUUUUUCCUUUUCCUAAUCACUAAUAGAUGGCGAUUCAAAGCCUCGAAUUUGACGAGGUGAAAUUAAUAACGUUAUCGGUUUGUAUUUUUAGUUUUUCUUCGUGUGGAUUCCUGUUCUGUUACUCGUUAUAACGUUUCUCUAAGUUGGAUUGACGUCAUGAAAUGCAUCUGUAGCAACAACCACAACACAAAAAAAAAUUUCAUUUAUGAUACAACUUGUGACACCUAUGAUGUUUUACUUUUUUAUUAUUAUUAUUAUUAUUAUUAUUAUUAUUACUUUCUGGUGUUUAUUUGCACUGAUAUGAAUAAAUAUUGAA